GUCUCAUGCUGCCAGGUGCAGAACUUGGUUCUAGCUUCUUGAGAGUACAUUAACUGAGCUUAUCUUUAUUCCUCUGAUCCAGGUAGAGCUCUUGCAACCCAAAGAUGUCAAGGCGCAGUAGCCGUUUGCAAGCCAAGCAGCAGCAGCCACUGUCAUGCCCAGAAGAGUCCCCACAAGAGCUGCAGGCACCAGAACAUCUCCAAACCAGGAAAAAGAGAACGGCAGAGCAGGAGAUUAAGAAAAGAGAAGAUGGGAAAAUAGCUAAAAAACAUCAAUAUGAGAUUAAGAGCUGUUGGCCACCCACAAUAACAGGAGGCAUCUCACCUUGCAUCAUUAUUGAAACUCCUCACAAGGACCCAGUCACCACUGACUUCUCCAGGUUCAAAAAAUACAGGUUCAGAAACCUCUUCAUAAAUCCAUCACCUUUGCCAGAGCUCAACUGGGGAAACUCCAAAGAUGUCUGGCUCAACAUCCUGAAGAAGGAGAACAGAUACGCUCACUGCAAACACUUCACGUCGCUCCACUCCAGCCUGCAGCCUCACAUGAGAUCAAUCCUGUUGGACUGGCUCCUGGAGGUAUGUGAGGUGUAUGCACUCCACAGGGAAACCUUCUACCUAGCUCAAGACUUUUUUGAUAGAUUCAUGCUGACACAGAAGAACAUUAACAAGAGCAUGCUCCAGCUCAUAGGAAUUACCUCAUUGUUCAUUGCUUCCAAACUGGAGGAAAUCUAUGCUCCUAAAAUACAGGAGUUUGCCUAUGUCACUGAUGGUGCUUGCAGUGAAGAUGACAUUGUGAGGAUGGAGCUCAUCAUGUUAAAGGCUUUAAAAUGGGAGCUGUGUCCAGUGACAAUUGUCUCUUGGCUGAACCUCUACCUUCAGGUGGAUGCUCUGAAGGACAUUCCAGAAGUGCUGCUACCUCAGUAUUCUCAGGAACAAUUCAUUCAGAUAGCACAGCUUUUAGACCUGUGUAUUCUGGAUGUGAACUCUUUGGACUUCCAGUACAGGACACUAGCUGCUGCAGCCCUCUGCCACUAUACCUCAAUUGAAGUAGUCAGGAAAGCUUCAGGUUUAGAUUGGGACAGCAUUUCAGAGUGUGUAGAAUGGAUGGGUCCCUUUGUGAACGUGGCAAAGAAAGUCCCUGUGAAGCUGAAGAGCUUCAAGAAGGUUGCAGCAGAAGACAGACAUAACAUCCAGACCCACACAAAUUACUUGGACAUGCUGGAAGAAGUGAACAGUGGAGUAACCCCCACUGCCCCAGGUCAGUUAUCACCUGUGUCAACAGGAGGAAUAAUAACCCCUCCCAAAAGUACAGAGAAGAAAUGAAAGCUGGCCCCACAGCCACGAUGAACAGUGCCAGAGACAGGACUUGGUGCUUCAGAACAAGACCACACUAAAGGUGACCUCAUGCUCUUUACUGCUAUUCAAGGCUUAGGCAGUAGAAGACUCAGCAACCAGAGCAGCAGCUGGAAAUGGAGACUGGUGUCCUCCUGACAGACUUGAUGAAAAAGACCAAGUCCCUCCCUGCUAGCACAGGAGUCUGGACUACUUUGGCCCAUUCUCAGACACAACUCAGUCCAAG